GUUAGCUCAGCGAGCCGGAGUCGGGGAGUUGGAGAGUUAGUUCUAUGUUAUUCGUUAACUAUAUGCAGUACUAAGAAUGCAAAAUAAUAACGUAAUGUGAUAACCAUACUAAACACUAAGUAAUGUAAUUUGGUAACCAUAUUCGGUAUAAAGCAAAAUGUAUUUCGGUCACCAUAUUUAACACUAAGCAUUCGAUGUAAUUCGGCAACCAUAUUCAGAGCUAAGCAUCCACUAUAAUAAUCUAAUUCGGUAUUCAUAUUCAGUGCUAAGCAUACUAUGCAAUUCGUUAACAAUAUUCAGAAUUAAGCAUUCAAUGUAAUUCGAUGCAACGCAGAAGCGUUUUUCUGUCUAGCAAUGAUAACUAAAAAAGUGUUUUCACUUAUGUCCUUCUAUCUGAGAUGUUAUCAAUAUGCUGAUACUUUGAGGACUCCUCUAAUGAUAAGAAAGCAUUUAUUUUUCCAUUUUAUCCUGUCAGACAAAUAAGGAAAAGAUACGGCAAUCACGCAACUUGUUAGAUGUUUAAAUAUUAAAAACAAUUGAUUUCAGUUAUAUUGUUUGACUUCUCCUUGUAGCUGUUGCUGUUAAAGACUAAACUAAUGAAGUGAAAAACCAUGACUUGGCUGGAACAACUUAGUACUGAAGAACAAAAUGCCAUCGAAGAGUUGAAAAGACGGACUAUUCAUGAUUUGACACCCAAAUUAUUAGAAGAUCCAAGCUUGUUUUAUCGCUUUUUGAAAGCUCGAAACUUUAAUAUUAAGAAUGCCGAAAGCAUGCUCCGAAAACAUAUCUCAUUCAGAAAGGAAUAUGGAAUAGAUACAAUAUUAGAAGACUAUGAGCCUCCAGAGGUUCUUGUAAAAUAUACACCAUCUAAUUUUUUUGGGUUUGAUAAAGAUGGAUCUCCAGUUCGUUAUGUAACAAUCGCUGCAGCAGAUAUUAAAGGUUUUCUGAACUCAGUGAAAAAAGCGGAUAUUAUAAAAUAUAACGUGCAUCUGAUUGAACAAGACAUGUUGAUGUGUAAACAGCAAAGUGAAAAGCUUGGAAAAUUAGUCACUACUGUGGUUUACAUAGAUGAUUUCAAAGAUUUGACAUUUGCAAAAGCAACUAACAAAGACGCUAUCGAUUUAAUGAAGCUUGGAGCCACCAUAUAUCAAGAUAAUUAUCCCGAACGUAUAAAAUCUAUUUAUUGUAUUAAUUCUUCUAUAUAUUUUACCAUGAUAUUUUCAAUUGUCAAAAUGGUAGUCGCACCAGCAGUGAUUGAAAAAAUACACGUCCACGGAACAGAGGGGUGGAAAGAAGCUUUACUUGGAGUGAUAGAUGCGAAAGAACUUCCCGCUUUUCUUGGGGGAGAGAGAACCGAUCCAGAUGGGGAUCCUUUAUGCAAAACUGUGAUAUGUCAUGGAGGUGAUGUUCCGGAACACUAUUAUCUUAAAAAAUCGAAGAAAACGCUUUAUUUAGAGCCAGGAGUGAAAAAGUUACACGUCACAAGGUUUUCCAGUGCCAACAUUACGUUCGAGAUUACAGUGCCCGAUUCCACACUAGAAUGGGAUUUCGAAACAAAAAGUAGAGACAUAGGAUUUGCCCUUUACUACAAAGAUAAAAGAUGGAAUAGCGAAAAACUUGUCGAGCUGGUUCCUAAGCAAAGAAUAGACACUGGAUUCGAACCGGAAUCCGGUGUGUACCGCUGUGAGAAAGCGGGCACUUAUAUCAUGAUGUUUGACAAUUCAUACAGCUGGAUAUACCCUAAAGAAAUAUACUACAGAGCAACCGUACUUCCGCCAGACAAAGAUUCAUCCCAACUUCAUUCAUCAUAAUCAUCAGUGAUUAUUUUUCAUAUAACUUAAGCUCCACUAUUUUAUUACGUAAAAAAAAUGUAACUGCAUUUCAUGUUUCAAUUACUAUGUAAUUAAUAAAGUUUACACUGUUUUUGUUAA